CAGCCGGCUCAUUGACCAAGCCCGUCAUGAUCAGACGUCGAGUUCGUCCCUGCAAACGCCUCUAGAAUCCAUAUUAUUUAUCUCCUCUAACCUCAAGCUAAUCAUCAUUCACUGAUUAGCUUUCGAACCUAAUCAGCAUAUCAGAAUCUCAUCCCUUGCGCCGGUCACCGGCGAAGAAAUCGUCGGAUGCUGAAAAUGUCGUGAAAGGUGUUUGUCGAAAUGCACCAAAGAAGACAAAACUCCGUGUUCUCUUCCUCUGUUGCUAUUUUCUCUACCAGUCUGGGUUUGAUGUGAAGCCAAAGUGGGAAGAAAGAGCUCUGAAGAAACGAAGGGUGCUUUUCAUCAGUAAUCCAUUCGGUGUUGUUGACGGCAGCAAUUGGGCGCAGCUUCAUUCUCCGUUCGUUUUACCUGCUUUGCGGUCGGAGAAAUGGCGCCGAAUCAAAAAUCAAAGAGGCUUUAUCAAGUUUGGAAGGGAAAUAAUAGGUUCUUUUGUGGAGGAAGAUGCAUCUUUGGUCCAGAUGUGGCUUCUUUAUUUCUAUCCAUGUUUUUGAUUGCUGCUCCUAUUAUAACAUUUUGUUAUCAAAUAACUUCAAAGAUUCGGAACCGCGAGAGGCUCCAUGAAGAUCUGAUUGGUGAUACUCACCAAGUGCUUGGGCUUCCAGUUCUAAUUGUGACCUUAAUCCUCGUGAUUGCAGAUUUAACUUUCCUACUCCUGACCUCAAGUAGAGAUCCGGGAAUUGUACCAAGAAAUGCUAAUUCAAUGGACUCAUCCGAAGCAUCAGACUUCAACACUCCUUCCAUGGAAUGGAUCAACGGAAGAGCGUCACAAAUGAGAAUUGCUCGGACGAAAGAUGUUAUUGUAAAUGGUUUUGCUAUAAAAGUAAAAUAUUGUGACACUUGUUUGUUGUAUCGCUCGCCCCGCACUUCUCAUUGUUCGAUAUGCAACAACUGCGUUCAAAAGUUUGAUCAUCACUGCCCAUGGGUUGGUCAGUGCAUUGGACUGAGAAAUUAUCGAUUCUUCUUCUUAUUUAUAUGCACUUCAACAUUCUUGUGCAUAUAUGUUUUCACUCUAUCUUUGAUGAAUAUGCUUCAAGUGAGGAAGAAUUAUCACUCUUUUAUAAAGCUGGUUGUGGGGGAGAUAAUUUCAGCUAUAUUAAUGGUGUACUGUUUUUUGUCUGUCUGGUUUGUUGGUGGGUUGUCUGUCUUCCAUCUAUAUCUGAUCUGCACAAAUCAGACGACAUAUGAGAAUUUUCGAUACAACUAUGACAAUAAGGACAACCCAUUCCACAAUGGUAUAUUCAAAAACAUCAAGGAGGUGUUCUUAAAUAUUCCGCCUUCGAUGAACAAAUUUCGAGCGAGGGUUCUCGAUCAAGUCAUCGAAAGUAGAUCGUUUCCUCGAAAUAUGGGAAUGGAUACGGUAAGCUCUAUGGAGAAGUUUGAUAUCGAAUCAACCAGUGCACUCGAAGGAGGAAUCAACUUAAGGAUUCCUAGUGUGAGAUGCAACAAUGAAAAUGAAGGAGCCAUUAUUAAACAUAAAGGUGAGGCCUUGGAUUCGACGGAUUUAGCCAAGCUUCGAGACCAUGAUCGUCAAGAAUCAAUGGAAUAUAAAGAGGAUUACAAAGGAGAGACUGAGACUGCAGUUGAAUCUGUAAUAGGCAGUGUGCCUGAUGAAGAUUUACAUCAGCACCCCCACAUGAGCAGAUGAGACGGAUUACUUCCAAGCUAUUGGUUCAGAACUGUGAAUUAUGAUGCAAUAUCCGAACUGAUUGCAUUCAUUCUUCUGUUCAAUUCCUCAAUAUUUUGAUGCUCGGAGCUAAUUUUUUCUUAAUAGAUAUUAAUCGCAUUUAGUGUUUGGAUUAUGGUAAUAAUUAAGUAGAUUUAGAUCAAUUAAUAUGGAGAUAAAU